CCCGGCGUCUUUACCCCACAGCGGCCAGCAUGCCAGGGAGCGGCCGACCGCUUGCUUUCUUCGGGACAGCAGCUCGGACGCGGGUUUCACAGCAGACUCUGAGAGCAACAGGCUGCAGGCAUGAGGGUGGGAGCUGCAGCCUUGGCUGGGGGGAUGUUUGGGGUCGUGGGGACCCUCUGUUUCUUCCUGGCCUUUGGUACAGACUACUGGCUGGUAGCCAGUGACGACUGCGGAUCUUACACCUCUCAAAGUCUGACUGUGGACAACGACGCGAAUAAGACUGAGAUGGCGUCUGAAGAAGUCGUCACUGCCUCGCCGUCUUCCCUCACUCUGCUCCACGAAGGAUUUUUCUGGCGCUGCGCGUUUCAGAUGGAGCCCUCAGCACACGCCGUCCUGACCACUUUCUUGACAAAUCAGCCGAAAUCCAAGUUGUGUGUCCAUGGUUACCUCUUCCCCCUACCUGUGGCUCUGGGACCGAUUCCUCAUCCAAAUUAUGACGCAACUGCAGUGUUUCGUGGUUUUUGGACCGUGCUGGUAAUCCUCGGGCUGGUUUCUGCCCUGACUGGAGGCUUCUUCCUGGUGUGUGGCGUUCCUUUCAUCAGCCACAAACUCUACAAGCUGGGUGGAGCCUUCCUCAUCAGUGCUGCCUGCUUGUUCCUGUCCACGCUCCUGCUGUACGUUCUGUGGAUGGAGGCGGUGGACGUGGCCCGCUACAUCCUGCAGGAGAGGGGAGAGUCGUGUCCACACGCAGAGGUUUCAGUGCUCUACGGCCCCUCCUUCAUGGCGGCGGCAGCCGGCGUCCCUCUGGUGCUCGUCUCUGGGUUGGUGUUCAUGCUGGUGGGCCGAGCGCUGAGUGGCAGCAAAUGAGUCACUCCUGCAGCCAGCGGGAGAGCAGACCAAGCUUUUUACUUCCUUCACUGGAACUCGCCACGCACUUACAGGACGUGAAGUUCCUGUCAAAAUAAUUUCAUCGUUCACAGAAAUUAAUCUUUAAAAAAUACAUAAGCAAAAACAAUAUAAGUUGUCAGUUAAACAAAAGACAGAAUGAUAUAGCAUAGAUUUGUGUAAAAAUGAAAUGAAAGAUGAAUACAUUUUUUUUAAGUAGGUAUUUUCUCUUGUCGACAAUAAAACCUAAGGUCAAGACCAUUGGCUGUAAUUGAGGACUGGACUGAGUGAGUCUGACAUAGAAAAUGGCUCUUCUGGCUCCAAUAAAAUUAAGUCAUUUCGGUCACCAUUUUUCAACGAUACGGGUGUCGCCAUGUUGGAACCAGAAAUGGUCAGUGAUUAAUCUGAGUUAGUCUAAGGCCAUGUCCGAAUUCCUUCACUACUCGCUAUGUAGUGCACUAUAUAGUGUGUUUGUCAUUUUCUAGUGCUGUCCGAAUCUACAACUCCAAGAAGUUCCCAGAAGUUUACUCACUGGAUUAGCAAAAAAAGACUACAAUGCCCUGUGUUUGAACAGUUUUUCGUCUUAAAAAAUGCAUUCAAUUUUCUAUGGGUUUUUUUUGGUAUACCAUCCAUAUAUUCAUCAUCAGAACACAGUGGAUUCAUAAAUAGUCUUUGUAAAAUCUGAUUUAUUAUUGUUAUUUCUAAAAUCUUGUUUAGUAUUUAUUAGUUUUUUCUUUGCAAAAUCUGUGACAUAAUCUGUGACAUAUUUGCCGUUUAAAAAUAAAUAGUUUUUUAGUAGUUGGGGAUUAGUCAAGGAAUUUGAUCAUAUCGCCAAAAUCUGUCAAAGGUUUCAAACGUUCAACUUCCUACUUUUAUUGAGGUCAGUUUAUAAUUUACAUAGUUUGCAAUAAAGACAAAUAUGAAAAAAUAGAAUUAUCAAGAACAUGUUAAAAGGGUAUCAGAGCAAGAAUGAUUAUUCUGGCAAACAGAAUGACUGAGUAAUAACAGCUUCUCGAUGGGAUUUUGGCUUCUUGGGGUCUGCAGGGACUUCCUGUUUGGAAGGUGAGGGAGGGAGGGGGGGUCACUCAGUCCAGUUCUCAUGUUCAGUCAACGGAUUUGAAGAUAUGCUUCUUCAAGUGGGCCAGUCCACCUUCAGGAACACUCGAGGAGCUGCAGCCUUGGUUGCAGUCCUGUGAUCCUAGGAUCUGCAUUGUCUUAGGGGGCGGAGCCAUGCAGGGCCACAUGGUUACGAAAAACACUUUAUAAAACAACGCCAGAAACCAUGAUAGCAGAACAACUUCAUACGGAGUUUAUAGCAAAAAUACACUUUGGACACACGUCAAAUUUUCCUUCACUUGUUUUGGUAAAGGAUCAUCAGCAAGAGGGAGGAGGCGGGGGAGAGACAGUUGUCUAGGAGGGACGGUUGUGGGUGGAGCUAAAGGAUGGAUUAGAGGGGUGUGCUGAGGGGGCGGGGCAGCUUUGGGAAAUGAACAGCUGUUUUUGGGGUUGGUGCGCUCCAUGUCGACCACCUGCCUCUUUCAAACCGAUUUAUGUCUCACCCUUUUGUUUUUCUUGUCCCACACAAUUCUAUUUCACUUUUAUCAGAAAAAAUAGUCUGGGGAAAAAUGUUAAAACACAUUUGUUUCAUUGUUCUCCUGUCUGUUUUAACCAGUUUAAAUGAUGUGAUGUGAAAAACAUUUUGCUUUUUUUUCAGUGUAUGCAGCAAUAAAGACACAAUUAAACCAUAA